GAGUUACCGGUUGUGGACAUCAGUAGCAAUAACUGGAAGGGAGUGACAAUCGCUGUGAUGGUAAUCCUCGCCAUAUGCGGUGCCAUCGCAUCAUCCGUUGUACUCAUAAACCCAGACAUACAAACUAAAUUCAGCCAAAAGACUAACAGAGAGAAGUUACAACUGGAUCAGGUAUUGCAGGGGGUGUUCAGUCCGAGUGCUUUCAACGGCACCUGGAUCAGCGAUCACGAGCUCAUGUAUCGCGACGUUUCGGGGGAUUUAGUGAUACUCGACUUGAAUACCUUACCACUCAAUCCGCAACCAUUAGUACACAAUCAACUCUUUAGACACACAUAUAUCGCCAAACAUCUCAUUUAUAACAUCGCCACCGAAGAGACAGUACCUCUCACUGCACCCAACGAUAAGAGCCAAACAGAGCUACAGUUUGCCGGUUGGGGUCCAAAGGAAAACAGCUCUCAAAUCGUAUUCAUCGCCAAAAACACGAUCUAUUAUCAGGAAAGCGCUCUCGAGGCCGACCCUAAAGUCAUCGUCAAUAGUAUUGGCGACGAUAUAUACAAUGGUAUUCCCGAUUGGGUGUACGAGGAGGAGGUGUUGGCGUCGAGUAGUGCCCUUUGGUGGGCACCCGACGGAUCCAAACUGUGUUUCGCACAAUUCAACGACACCCGAGUCGAUGUCAUGUCGUACCCCUGGUAUGGCACCGGCAUUGACGCCUCAAACCUCUAUACAAAGACUAUU